CAGAUGUAAACAUGCUCCUACUUGUAAACAUUUUUUUUACAAAAAAACGAAUCUCGUUUCAUUCAAAAUAUGCUUGCCGGUGCAAUCGUUUUGAUGUAGCAGCCUGUUUUUUAAUACCAAAAAUUUAUCCACGUGCAUGUCCGGAGAAAAAUUGUGAAAAUGAUCCAUUGACAAGAUCACUUUUGCGCCACAAGAUUAUUCAGCAUAUAGUUUACGCAUGUGACGUACCUUUUGGCGCGGUAAUUGCAGCUGGCGCAUGGAAACUGACACACGCCCAGGGGGUGUUGAAUUUUCGCGCUCAAAAGAGUUUUCACUCACUUCGCGUGUGCCUGUAGACGCGUUCAUCCGUUUUUGUGUGACGAAAAAUUUUACCUGUCUGACCCAACCAACUGUGGUGUUGAUAACGUGUUUAUUUGUUUGUUACAUUUGUCCGUGUUUUACCAUUGCGUUUGUUUCGUUUACCACUCGUUGGUAUAGUUUUAUCCAGACGGAACGUUCACAACAUGUUUCCGAUAGCGGGUGAAAAGUUGGGAUCGAACGGAAAGAAACCGUUCACGGUGUUCGUGGAGGGUAACAUUGGAAGCGGCAAGACGACGUUCCUGAAUCACUUCCAGAAGUUUGACGACAUCUGUCUGCUGACGGAACCGGUGGAGAAGUGGCGCAACUGUGCUGGCGUCAACCUGCUGGAUCUUAUGUACAAGGAGCCCCACCGUUGGGCGAUGCCAUUCCAGACGUAUGUGACGUUAACGAUGCUCGGUAUGCACACCUACCAGACGGACAAAUCGGUCAAACUAAUGGAGCGGUCUUUGUUCAGCGCGCGAAAUUGCUUCGUUGAGAGCAUGCUGGCCUCCGGUACGUUGCAUCAAGGCAUGUACAAUGUGCUCCAGGAAUGGUAUGACUUCAUCUGCUGCAAUAUUCACGUACAGGCGGAUCUUAUUGUGUAUCUUCAAACGAGCCCUGAAGUGGUGUACGAACGGAUGAAGCAACGGGCCCGUUCGGAGGAAAGCUGUGUUCCGCUCGAGUACCUCAAGGAAUUGCACGAACUGCACGAAAACUGGCUCAUUCAUGGCGCGUCACCUCGUCCGGCUCCGGUGUUGGUGUUGAACGCAGACCUCGAUUUGAACACCAUCGGGACGGAGUACAAACGGUCUGAAACGAGCAUAUUGAAGCCGAUCUUAAUAGAAAAUACCAAUCAGCACGCUAUUCUCACCUCUCCAGCAAAGCGCGCCAAGACGGACUUUUGAACAUUUCCGAUCAAUAAGCCUUUAGUUUGUAAUUUUGUGCAACUACUUUUCCUUGAUUUACUAUAUUAGUCGGACGACCAGUCCACCCACCCAGUGAAGGCAAAUACUGGCUCUACAGUGUCUUGCUCGACGUAAACUGACCAUAGAGGUGGCAAAGGCGAACAAAAGGCACGCAAGCGUAUGAUUCGAAGUUAGUGUUUGCCUGCACUUUCCUUCCUAGUAGAAAUGGUAUAGUAGAGUAGAAAAGGUACGAUGUUUGUGUUUUUACAACAUUAUAUUUAAAUUACGAUGGUACGAUUAUAUAUUGGAAUAAAUAUUUUGUGCCAGGAAAAUUGUAACCUUGACAAACUGGCCUGAUUGCAUGUAA